AUGCGGUCUCUUUUAGUGACAAGGCCAGGUCCAUUCGGCCUCUUCCAACUUCCAGCAACAUCAACCUCUACAGCGGCCGAUGUUGUUCGUUUAUCAACAACUCCCGGACCGAAUUCCAUGUGUUUGUCACCAAAUUCUCUAUCUUUGAAUAAGAAGCAGUCAAGACCCACAUUUACUGGUCAUCAGAUUUUCAUGUUGGAGAAGAAGUUUGAGCAAACGAAAUAUCUGGCCGGAUCGGACCGGGCUCAACUCGCCCAAGAAUUGAGCAUGAGCGAAAGUCAAGUGAAAGUUUGGUUCCAGAAUCGACGCACAAAAUGGCGCAAAAAAGAGGCAGCAGACAAUGCGUUGGUGAAACGUGGCGAAACGCUCGAUUCUACGGGACAUUCACAGCAUUUACAUGGCCUGACAUCGUUCUUAUCACCAUCUAGUUAA